GCUUGCGCCUUCUUCCGGCAUCGAGCAGCGAGUCCGCUGGUAUUGAGGCGGUAAUCGGGCUGUGGGCAGUGGGCAGGCAGACCAAGGAGGAAACAAAUGGAGUUAUCCGGAAGCUCCGCGACAUGACUGCUGUGUCUCUGGAAGGAUAUGUUUAUGUUCUGAUGAUGGAGUCCUGGCGCCGCCCAUCUAAUUGUCCAAUUCUUGACACCAGCUCUGACAUCUAAGGACUCUGUCCUUCCCCAAGAGGAAGACCCAUCAGCCCUUGAACUCCCGGAAGUCAUGCCUCUCGGUUCAGAACUGUUCAGGGAUGUGGCCAUAACUUUCUCCCACGAAGAAUGGGAGUGCCUCCAGCCUGCUCAGAAGGACUUGUACAGAGAGGUGAUGCUGGAAAACUACGGCCAUCUGGUCUCACUGGGUCUUACCAUAUCCAAACCCGAUGUGAUAGCCAUCCUAGAGCAAGGAAGGGAGCCUUGGCUAGAGGAGAGGGGCACAGCAGGAGGCCUGCGUUCAGCAUUGGAACCUGGAUACGGUGCCAAAAUACUGUCUGCAAAGCCACACGUUAAUGAAAUGGAGUCGCCACGGUGGGGGAUAAUGGGAGGCUUGCAAGCUGUGGUCUUGAGAGCUCGAGCUUCCAGGAUGAUGGGGAAGACGAAGGCCUGUUUGACAGAGGACCAGGAAAUCCAGAGAGAAAUGCCAGUCCCAUGUUAA